AUGGCGUUUUGCCUGGCUGAGCUCCACUUGUGGUCCACCAAGAGUUCCCUCCAAGUUCAAGACACAGAUAUUGGCACGUAUCAGUACUACAAUAAAGCAAAGCCAGCCAAUCACCAGGAGCAUCACUAUUUCAAUGAGAAAGUCCACUUUACUGAAGCUCGAGGCUACUGGUGGACCCCCGCCAACCGUCGUCCGGAGAGGCUCCGCGAUUCGCUGAAGGAGCUGGAGGAACUGUUGCAGACCAACACCUGCGUUCACACCAGAUGGAGGAACACACAUUGUUGCCAGCUGCUACUCAGCAGUGGCAUACUGGUAACCUUGACCCUCAGUGGACCCCAACUUGAACAAGUAUGCAUCGACCGAGCGUUAGUGGGGCGACUGCCAGGUGACACCGUGACUGAGGCGGUUUUGGGCGACGGGCUGCUCGUGUUGUCCUUUCUGAAGCAAAGUCAAUUGGCCGUCGUCUUCCUCAACAAGAAGAACAGGGACAACACCCCAGAAAGUGGAAGGGACGCAGAAAAGAUUUCGCCUUCAACAAUCAAGGUGACAAGUGUUGAGGUGCCAGGGUGGGCGCAUCGCACCCAUCAAGGCCUGGCACUAAACUGGACGCAGGACAUGGCACUGUGUUGGUGGAGGUCCAGUGAUCAUGAUGAGGGGCUGUGGCCCUGGACCUCCAAAAACGCACAUGGGAACAACCUGGUUCUGCUCGGCUGCUCGGCCCUGGAAAGUCUCAAGGUUUUGAGUUCCAUGCAGACAGAAGGCGAUUUCCUGGUUUGCACCUUCAGCAAUUUCCAACCCAAUCAGCUGCUAACGGUGGAAGCACCCGCAGGAUCCCAAAACUCCAGAGAGGCAUCCUGGGCUAGAGCUUGUAUGUACGAUUACGGCAAAGGACGCCUGCAGCGUGUAUCCGCCAUCCGCAUCACGCUGCCAUCCCCACCCGUCUGCUGUGUGCACCACCCCGGCGAAACCAUGCUCCUCUUGAGCCUCGCUGACUCUUCCCUUGUGCUCUACGACCACCGUCGGGGGGUCUCCCUGCGGGCCUCAUGCCCCGCUCCACCUACUCUCCUGGCCUGGCAUCCGGCUGGAGCCUUUGUUGCAGUGGCGGCGGCAUCCGAUCUGAUGUUCCUGGACGUAAGCUUGGCGCCCGUCAAGGUGGCGCCACUGGGUGAGGAGGUGUCCCCCGCCGCUGUUCUCCAACUGGGACGGCACCUUCUCUGCCCUGGAUCCAUGCAGAUACUACAGUGGGCCACGGGUCCUGAAGGAGGCACCAAUGAAGUGGACACCCUAAUGCUGACCUUCCAUGGGGGACUCUUUGGAGUCUUAAAGUUACAACUGGGUGGGGUCCUGAGCGGGGAUCAUCUGGGCCCGGUGCCUGUCCUGCAGCAGCGUCUCCGUCUUUGUCAAGAGCAGGAGGCUGUGAGCGUUCUGGAGGCCAUGGACUGGAGCAGCGCACCUCAGCAGUGCUGGCGAGGCCUGAGUGCCAUCAUCAACCACUUGCUAAAGUUGCCUCUGGAUGCACAAACCGAGGAGCAAUUAGAAGCUGCAUUGGCAACCUUUUACAACCCUCCCGCACCGCUUCCCGAUAGCGUGAUGGCAGACUAUAAGGAGCCCGUCCACAAAUACUCCAGACGCUUCUUCCACCACCUUGUCAGACACGAUCGUUUGGAAAAGGCCUUUCUACUCGCUAUUGAUUUGCAAGACAAAGAUCUUUUCAUGGACCUCCAUUACGUGGCCGGCGAUAAGGGCGAGCUGGUGUUGGCGGAGGUGGCCAAGAGGAAGGCCCAGCAAGUGGCUGAGGUGCGCAGCGAACAGGAAAUAAUCACUGUGAUUAACCGGAGAGAUGAUGAAGCGUGCGAGCCAAGUGGCUUUGUGAAGUUGCCACGCGGCCGCCGGGCCUUCACGCUGGCGUCGGGACAAGAAGAGCUUUAUCUGGAGAUCCACGUCGACUCUGCUGAAAAGCCUGUUAGCUUCGGCGUGUCCCCCCGAAGAACAGCUGUUAGUUUCGCCGUUUCGCAUUCCCGCUUGCGCUUUUUUCGCAACCUCCGCCGCUCCUUUGAAGAGGACUGCGAAGCAUGA